AUGUCUCUUCUCCGAACUCUCAACCGUUUACCCCGCCACCCCGCCUCUGCCCUUCGUCAAUUCUCCACCACACCGUCUCGUCUCGACUUCUCCCGUGUCCAGAUCAUCGGUCGCAUCGGUACCGAACCAGAAAUUUCACAAGCUUCGAAUGGUAGCUCAGUUACCAAGUACGCGGUCGCUAGCACGAUAGGUUAUGGCGACAAGCAGUCUACCCAAUGGCAUAAGGUCAUCGCGUUUGGAUAUCCAACACCCGAAAAACUUACGAAGGGAGCCAGAAUCUUCCUGGACGGCGACCUCCAAUUGAAUACAUACGAGGCUGAUGAUGGCAAGAAGCACACCCACGUCACCGUCAAGCAGCGCUCGGUCAACAUAUUAAGUAGACCACAGGGAGCCGGUGAAGGUGAAGGUGCGCAAAGCGCGUGA